AUGGGCGACACUGCGGCGAUAAGUAAUCCAGUCAGCGAUGCCGCCGCCUCGACUAAGGCAGUGGAGAAAGCUCAGUGGCCACUCUCCUACCGUCUGCAACUGUCCAAAACAGCAAAGUCCUCCCUGCAGACGUAUGGCUUUGGAACGGGCAAGCCUCCACCCCGAAUAUGGUGGAGUCAUGAACUAUAUCGAGGGCCCGACGACAAAGCAGUUGAGAUUUUAUACAGCAGGGACAAAGCGCAAUCCGAGCUCAUCGCGCAACAUUUCACAAAUGAGCCAAUCUUGGGAUUCGAUAUGGAAUGGCCUUGGAAAGAUUCGAAUAAGGCCGGCCUGCAGAACAAAGUUGGACUGAUUCAAAUCGCAUCCGAGAGCAAGAUAGGUCUUUUCCACAUUGGGCUGCAUCCUGGCAAGACCACCGAGGACAUUAUUGCACCAACUCUAAAACGUCUUAUUGAGAGCCCAAAGAUUGGAAAAGCCGGGGUCCAUAUUCUGCAAGCAGAUUUCGGACGUCUCAGUCGCUUUUUUGGUCUCCAGCCACAACGUGCUAUUGAAUUGAGUAAUCUCUUUCGUUUGGUAAAGUUUGGCCCACACAAGCCAGAGCUGGUCUCCGUGAAGCUUGUGAGCUUGGCGUAUUAG